GCUAAUUGUAGGGUUUAUGCCUUAAGGCGCCAUCUUCGUUUACCCCUUUCACCUCGAUUUUCUCUGUUGCAGAAACCCAGAGAGACAUGGCUUCCAUCUGCAGGUCCGCUGUAAUGGCGGGCGCAAGGUCUCUAGCACCACGGUCAAGAACCCUAACUCAGAAUUCCCUCUUCUCGUCGUCUGCCUUCACUUCACCCUCUGCGACGCGGGUAGUCCGAAGCGCUUCAAGGGUUGUUUCAACUAUAGGAAGCGUCGAGUCGUUGAUACCGUUUCACAGCGCGACGGCCAAUGCGCGGCUUAUAUCCAGCAUUGCAGCUGAUUCCUCUUGCUGGAGCUGGCUUUCUCAAGGCUUUGCUACACCAUUGUGACAGCACCUGGUUCAUCUGUGCCCGGAUAAUGAAUGUGAAAGGAGGGCAAACACUUUCAAUUCCAGUUUUUUUGCUUCCUUGUACUGUCCAGAAUUGGGAAAAGAGCUUCAUUCCUUUGAUGAUCCGUGUUUGUUAGUGGGUUGAGGACUGUGUAAUAAUAGUGUUUCCUUUGCAUUGACUGGUGGAAGGCUGAUUAUAGCAAUGCACUUUUUUUAAUCCGAGUCGACCUCCUGUGUUAAUUGAAGCAAGUUGUUAGAUCCAAUGAUGAUAUUUCUGUUAACUUGCAGUGGCAGAUUUUUUCUUCAGACUUUCUUAAUAGUGGCAAAUCUUAUAAGCUAAACCACUAGUUACCUGAAUCUGUGAGGUGUAUUGUUCUUCAUUGUACUUGAAGUCCUUGUGCUACCAUUGGAUUUGAGGAACUUAUUCUGCUGUUAGGUUUUACAAUGUCCUAUGCUCUUGGCAUCCUCACUUGUGCACUAGAAUUACACAACUUCUGGACCAAUCCGAUGUCAUGGCCUUAUCUUGGUCUCCAUUUCUGUACAUAAUCGUUGCAGCUUUCCGUCUAAUCAUUUGUUCAAUGACUUGGUGUUCAAACGUAUGAUCUUGUUCGGUUCUUUGGCUUAUGCGUUCUUCAUUACAUGCUUGUAUUAGCUUGUCGCACUUUAAAAACAUUCUUUGCUUUGAUUUUGGUUAGCCACUGAUUUUGUCCCUUUUUUUUGUGUGUGAAUUUCCUAGACUUCGCGAUUCCUCGGUGACAAGGAAUCCAGUUUUUUCAAACCAACUUGGAUAGAACCUGAGCAGCCUUACUCAUCCUCUUCACUCUUCUUGUUCUCACUCCAUGCACUUUCAAGUAACUGUUUACGAGCUAGUAGGUGCCCUUCAUAUCUUGGCAACAGCCAUAGUGAACUGAUUUUGACAACUGGUUUAUGUGUAUCCAUCGUUGUCUCGAGUGGCAACCAUUAGACUAAUGUAUGCUUGAUGACAUUGGUAGAAUGAGUUCGUGAAUUGUUGAGAUAUGCUGCUUCACUAAGAGUUGUGUUGUUAGUUUGGUUCAAGUCAAAAUCUUUCAGCAGCGGGCACCCUGCUAUGAAUAACAGUCAUACUCUGUUCUCCAUCUCCUGCUUCUCAUAGGAGCCGUAUGGAACCUGAGAUUUUGAAUGAUGUUAUUUUGGAGAACACAUGCAUUUCAGAAAUCCAUAGUUUUUAGAUUAUAUGCGACAAUCAAGUAGCUGAACAUGGAAAGGGCAUCCAAGCACGAGUCUCUGUUUUUGUCCCUCUCUGUCUCGUUCAUUUUUUAUCGACCGUCUAAUCUGAUUCCCAGGUCAAUUCGUAUCCACAUAUUGUAGCCAGUCGUCUCGAACCAGUGGGCUCACACACCCACUGAAGCUUCAUACGUUUCAGGUAGUCGUGCCUAAUCGCUUGCCACUAAUCACCUCUUUUCUAAAUUCUGCUUUUGACCACAAAUACAAGACUAUUUCCUGC